AAAAUGGCUUUCCCACCCACUCCAUCGCAUGCCAGGCCAGUCUGACUUGAUCUUUCUGGAAAUGGGAAAGAAAAAACAAAACGAACAACACUGUUUUCCUGUUAUAUUCCUGACUCCAGGGCUAGUAUGCAGAACAGCUGGGCUUUCAGGAGUUGUCCCUGUGCCUGAGGGAGCAGGACACCUGAGCCUUGCUCCCAAUGGCUUUCACAGGAUGGGAAUUUGACCCCAUCCAGCUGUGCUGACUUGGUGUUUCUGCCUCUCAUCUCAUCCUGUUUUGCUGAAUCACUCCUUUCACAAGUCUCUGGAGCUCUUUGUUGAUUCAGGAAAGGAAAUGGGAGCCCCAGCCCAGUCAGCUGAGGGUCAGGAAGCUCUGCCAACCUUCCUGAAGCUCCCCCUCCUCUUAAAAUGCUGAUUCUCCCUGCUGGGAGAAAGGGCCAUGAUAAUGAGAAAGCCCUUUCACAUCCCAGUGUCUGGCAGGGAUUCCCUGGAGGGUCACAGCAGAGGAAUGUCAGUCAGGGAUGAAAACCCUGCCAGCAGCAGGCAGCUGCUCCUGGGAGCUGCCUGGCACAGGACCUUGGACCUGAUGGGUUGAUUGAGUGCUGUCACCCAGCCCCACGCUCUGGCCAUCCCUCACCAGACAUGUGGUGCCUGCAGCAUCCUGCUCAGUGCACAACAUUCACAAAAAGGCAUCCUUAGAGCUGUGCCUCAGCCUGCCUGGCUGCUGCCUGGAUUUUACCAGCACCUCAGGAAACCCCCAUGUGAAGGGGACACUGGUGAAGGUAAAGACAGAAGACCCAGGGAGAAAGGAGCCAGGCUAGUGGUCAUCAGAGGAUUGUGCCACAGAACAGUGAGAUUCUGGAGCAUCCUUCCAGAUGGGAAAGGGAACAGGAGAACACAGCUUCCUCGCUCUGGGGUGAAAAGAGCAUUCUGAUGCUGCAGGGGUUUGCAGUGUGGGCUUCCAGCCAUCAAAUAGCACUGGUGUCCCCAGCUACUGGCUGAGCCCCACAGCUGGAGAGAUUUCUCCUGUUCCAGCCCCAGCUUUGCUUGUCUAAAAAGCAAAGUGAGACCCUUUUUUAGUCAGCUUGGUUCCCCUCCUGUCCUCUGCAGCAUCUCUGGGAGCUGAGCUGUGUCAGGUGUCAGCCAGCAUGAAGGCAGGUGGGUUGGCCAGUGAGUCUGCCUCCCUGCAGACAUUUCAGGCCCCUGAAGAGGCAUGGAGCAAGGCAGGAUCCAAGGAGAUGCAUCCCAGGCAGCUCAAAUAUUAUAUCAAACAGCUGAGAAAAUUCCAGAGAAAUAAUGUAUUGGUCAAGGGAAGAGGCAAACCCCUCAUGAACUCCCACCUUGGAGGCAGCUGGAGAAUUUGCUGUAGCCUGGCUGGGCUGCAGCACGUGUCAAAAUGUGAAGGGGGGAAGAAGAAGCCCAUCUUUUUGACACAGCUUGUCCACCCUCCAACCCUGUGACUGAAGACAUAACUUGUUUUUUUGGAGAGAGGAAAAUUUAGGAAGCUCCUGGGCAGUUUGUGGGUGCUCCCACCUGCUAAGUGGAUGGAUGGAUGGAUGGAUGGAUGGAUGGAUGGAUGGAUGGAUGGAAGCAUGGAUGGAUGGAUGGAGUUUUUCUAGAGAAGCCCAGGAUCUCAGGAUGUAGAGCUUUCAGCGCAACAGUCAGUGGAGGUAUGGGGAGCCCACAAGGCAGAGGUGCCGCGUUAGGGGUGAAGGCUGCCAUCCAGAAAGGAUGGGGAGUGCUGGGAUGCAGGACAAAAGCUGCCAAGUUGGAUGUGCCUGUGAGAUUUUGGAAUGCAAGGAGCUGAAAAUAUUGCAUCUCAGUUGACUAAUGAAUAAAUCUGUUAUGCAAAGGCUCAUUGCAAACAUCUGUGGGUUGUGGAGUUCCCAAAAGAGGGAAGAAACCUCUCCCUGAUGGAGCAGCUCCUGGGAGAGGACAAGAUUCAGAGAAAUUGGGGAGUGCAGGAUUACAAGCACAAGGAGGGAUGGAUAUGCAAGACUCACCUUCCAAAGAAGAGGAAAGGAGAGUAAGAGGAAGUAUGAAAAGCAGCUGGCAGGAACCAAGGAUGAUUUUAUGGCUUUGCAAAAAAUUACCAGGGCAAUUAAAAGUGUUCUAGGCUUUUUGGAGGAGAAAGAAGGAAAGAAGAGGGAAGUAAAAGCCUGGAUUGCAGGGAAGGAUGCAGAGAGGAACAGCCAUCACUCAGAACCUCCAUGGCACAGCUGGGGAUCUGCUGCAGGGGCAUGGGGGCACAAGCAAAGGUUGGUGUGUCAGGAACCAGGAAUACAGAUUGGUGGGGAAAACCAGCUGGGCAAGGAGCCUUGGAGGUAAGUGAUGGGGUUUGUACUUCUGCAGGGUGCCCAAGUGCCAGGAGCUCAUCUGUGUGUCCAGAGGGUGGAGGCUUGGAACCACAGCAAGGCUGAGCUGCCUGCUUGCUCCUGCUGGCAUUUUGUUCCUUCUCCGUGUUCAUCUGCAGAUGCACUCAGCUGGCUGAGGAAGAAAUGGUAUCCUGUGCUCAAAUGUCCUUUGUUGAAUGUCCUCUACAGCAUUUUUUACCAGUUACCAGGCAUUUGCAGUCCCCCCAGUUACCAGACAUCUGCAGCGAGAUCUGUCCUUGCUUUUGUGUUCCAGCCCUGGGGUUUGUGUUACACCCUCAGGGCUUGCAGGAUAUAAACCCCUGUCCUGGGUGAGACCCACUCCAGUGGCAUCAGCAAGCACCAGUCUAAGGACAUCACCUGAAGUGUCACACCCAAGCUGUCUUGAUGGAGAUUCCAGCAGAUUCUUUCCCUGCUGGGCACAAGUGCCCAGUGACCUGGCCAUGGGCUGUGGGGUUUGGUGGUGGCCACCUGCCCUGCAGUGCCUGCCCACCUCUUCAUGGACUGCAGCCAUGCCAGGCCAUCCACAAUAGCUGCUUUCAGUGCAAUUUCACUGAGGGGCAGAGCUCUCAGAAGACUAAGUGGGUGGAAAAUAAACUUCAUUCCUCAGCAGAUAUGUCACAGCCUUCAGGAAAGUUCCCAUGUUGGGACUUGUGCUCAGGCCAUGCUUGACACUGGACAGGCAGAGGGGGGAUUGUGUCUCCAACUUGUGUCUCUAGUUGCCAUCGGCAAGGAUGAGGAAAGUGAGGCACAGGGUGCUAAGAGGGCUUGCUUGGGAAUGAGCUGUGCCAUUUCUGUAGAUCAACCCAUCAUCUGGGGCCAACAAGCUUCGGAUCCUUCUUCUCAGGGUCUAAAGAUGUCCUAAGCAGCCACCCUCAAUCUUUGGUGCUUGCCUACCCUCACAGCACAAUGUCAGCUCCAUGAGUGAUGUGUUGGAGAACCUCCAUCCCUAAAGUGCCACCACUCAAUCCCCAUCACUCCAAAACCCAGCAGAGAGGCUGAUGGGGAGUCACCAGCACAGAAGUCAGUCUCAAACCAUGAACUAUGUGGGGCAGCUGGCUGAGAGCGUCUUUGCCACGGUGAAGGAGCUGUACCAGGAUCUGAACCCCGCCACCCUGUCAGGCUGCAUCGAUGUGGUCGUGGUGAGGCAGCCUGACAACUCCUUCAAGUGCUCCCCAUUUCAUGUGCGCUUUGGGAAGCUGGGGGUGCUGCGCUCCAAGGAGAAGGUGGUUGACAUUGAAAUCAAUGGAAAGCCUGUGGAUCUGCACAUGAAGCUGGGAAACAAUGGAGAGGCCUUCUUUGUCGAGGAGUUAGAGGAGCAUGAGGGCAGCAUCCCCUGCUUCCUCUGCACAUCCCCCAUCUUCAAGAAGCAUUGCCCAGAGGAUGCUGUUCAACCCUCCUGUGGGCUGGAGGCCUCCAGCACUGGAGUGAUCCUGCACAAGAGGAGGCCACGCAAGAGAAGGCCCAAGAAGAAGGAGGUGUUGGACUCAGAUUCUGACAGCUGUGAUGAGACCAAAAGCGAGCUGCCAGCCCCAAGUGAUGCAGCACAUUCAUCCUUUGCUGAUCUCCUUGAAGUAACUGGGUCAUUGCAACCCUCAGAGAAAUACUCAUACUCCGAUGGAGAGGUGUUCAAAGUGGACAGCUUCAUGUCGAGCCAUCGGUCUUCUUCCAAAAGUGAUUCUGAACUGGAGAUCAAACCACGGGAAAGCUUUUCUCUAGCGGCUGAAUCCCACAUGAAGUGGACCUGGGGAAGGCUCCCUCAGGUGAAUAAAUUGGUGCAAGUUAAACCAACCAAGUCCACAAAGAUCACUGCUGCUGCAGCAACCACCAUCUCUGCGACACUGGUCCCUGUGGAUGAGGCAACCCCUCUUGUUGCCACCUCUGAACAUCUGGGAGGGGAUUCAAACCCAGCAGAAUCUCAGGGCCAUUCCUUGGCUGUGUCUUCUACUGAGCCAACACUUACACCCCAGGCUGGGAACAGCAUCUCCAGGCUGAAGAACAUCCUCCGUGCUGUCAGGACAAAGAGAUUUUUGGGGGCCUACUCAGUCCCACAAGAGAAACAGAAGGGAGAUGUGAAUGUUGUGCCAGAGGUUCAGCCAGAUGUGGAGCCCUUUGAGGGAGCCACUGCUCCAAGGCAGGCGGGCUCAGAAGGCCCCACAUCCCAGCUGGAGAGGCAGAGGAGGCAAGGAUCCAUCAAAAGAAGUCCUCACUUGGAUCCCAGUGCCAUUUACCUGGAGGACUUCUCUGAGCUGGACAAGAAGCCAGUGGCUCUCUAUUUGGCCGGGAGCGACACAGAGCAGAGUUUGAGGCUUGUGACAGACCCCAGCAACCCUCUGUGUAUCCAGCUGCCAUCCACCUUGCCUGCCAACAGCGCCAUGGACUCUGACUCGAUGCCCACAGUUGCCCUGUCACUGUGCGGGGGCCUCAGGGGCAACAGGCAGGUCUCUCAUGAGAAGUUCAUGGAACACAUGGUUUCCUACCAGCAGUUUGCUGAGAAUCCAAGGCUCAUCAGUGACCCAAACCUGGUGAUAAUGAUCAACAAGAAGUAUUACAACUGGGCAGUGGCUGGUCCCAUAGUCCUGGCCCUGCAGGCUUUCCAGAGGAACAUUCCUGAGAGCAUCAUUGACGAAUUGGUGGAGGAGAAGAUGCCCAAGAAAGAGUGGAGGAAUUGGUUUUCCUGGAGGAGGAGAGAAUUCUCGACAGAGGGGAACACGGCCCCAUAUCAGCCACUGAAGAAAAUUAACCAGAACCAGCACACCCCUCUCUGCCUGCAGCAGCAGCCGAGGCCAGGGAAAGCCAGCGUGGGAACACUGUGGCACGACCCUGCUCAGCAGAGGUGGGAGGAAAAGGAGUCACCCAGUGACCAUGAGCCCCAGCACCCUGGGGACAUGUCUGCAGUGAAAGCUCCCACUCACAAACCUCUGCCAACCUUCAAGAAAUCCCUGCGGCUCUCCUCCAAACAAAUUGGAAGGUUGAAUCUGCAGGAUGGCCCCAACGAGGUGGCAUUCAGCGUGACGACUCAGUACCAGGGUACGUGCCGCUGUGAGGCCACCAUCUACCUGUGGAACUGGAAUGAAAAAGUGGUGAUCUCAGACAUCGAUGGCACCAUCACCAAAUCGGAUGCUCUUGGACAUAUCUUGCCACAACUGGGUAAAGAUUGGACUCACCGUGGGAUUGUUAAACUCUUCCACAAAAUCCACCUGAAUGGCUACAAGUUCCUCUACUGCUCGGCCAGGGCUAUUGGCAUGGCCCACAUCACCAAGGGCUACCUCAAAUGGGUCAAUGAGCAAGGCUGUGGCCUCCCCAUGGGCCCCAUGCUGCUUUCUCCCAGUAGCCUCUUGUCUGCCUUCCACAGGGAGGUGAUUGAGAAGAAGCCAGAGGUGUUCAAGGUCACCUGCUUGACAGACAUCCGAAAACUGUUUACUACAAAGUAUCCCUUCUACGCGGGCUUUGGGAACAGGCCCAAUGAUGUCUACGCUUACAAGCAAGUGGGGCUGCCAGAGAGCCGCAUAUUCACAGUAAACCCCAAGGGAGAGCUGACCCAGGAGCUCUCAAAGAACCAAAAGUCAACGUAUGAGCGGCUGUCAGAGCUGGUGGAGGUCUUCUUCCCUCCUGUGGGACAGAGGGGGAGCGCUGCGCUGGUGCCCCCAGAGUACAGCCACUUUGCCUACGGGAGACCUCCACUGCCUGAUGUUGACUUGGAUGUCUUGCCCUAACCCCAUCCCUGUGGAGACCUGACCCAGAGCUCUCCCGCAUGUUCUUUGCCAGGACUAAAUGCUCCAGGUGCACCUUGUCCUCCCUGUUUGCUGCUUGGGCAUUUUGCAUUUGUAAUAGAGGUGAUGACACCCCUUAGCAGGAAGCCAAAGGGGGUAAGAGGGAGUUCUGACUCUACAAAAACUCCAAUUGCUAAACACAAAUUCCUAAAAGCUGGGUCUCUUCUGGUGUUUGUAGCUCCUCUAAAGCCUGGCUCUUUUUUAAAGGUAGUGGUUGUUCAUUGUUGUAUUUAUUGAUCAACCUUUGACAUAGCUAUUACUACCUCUGGUAUGACCAGUGUUCCAGACAGUCCAGCUACCUGCAGUUUGGUAGCUGAAACUGCCCACCAACUUGUAAAGGUCGAUGGAAGAUGCUGAGGUUUUGAGUGUUCUGAACAAAAACCAGUAAUAAAUAGUGCCUUAAUCCAGGCUGCCUCUUGUCUGCUCUAGCCCUGUGCAUAGAAGUGGGAGCCAGGAUCCAAGUCCUUUCUAAUAUAUGAUUAGGCUUAUUCUGCUCAAGCAUCCUACCAAGUGGGUCUUGGGGGUGAUGGGAUCAGCUUCUAGAAAAUGGCUCUUUUUCCUGUUUUUUUUUUUAAUUACUACGUUUAGCUAAGGUAGCAAAAUUAAUUAAAAACAGAAAACAAAUGCAGGCUUAUUCUGUAUGUACAUGGGGCUGAAUGGACAGGAGACCUUGCAAAAGCCAGAGAUCCAUGUGCUGAGGCUCACUCCAGGCUGUCUCCUGCCCCUCGGGGUGACUGGGAGCAGGGGGUGUCCACAGCCCAGCACAGCCUCAGUAGCACCAGGGACACCCAGGAAAGAGCCCUGGAUGAGGCUCUGCAGGACCAGACAGGCUCAGCCCUACUCCCUCAUGGGAUCCCAUGGGCUAGGACCCGCUGGGAUUUGCCUCUACGUUUACCUUGCGUGUCCAAAGCAACUGCAAGGAGAGAGUGACCUGUCACUGGGACCCCUCUGUGCACAAGUUGCCCCAACGUGGCCAUGCCAACAGCCCCAGGGACCUCCAGCCCCAGGCACCCACAACCCUGCAAAUGCUCCCUGUGCCCAAAGCAAAUGCAAAUAGAGCUGCAGUGUGAAAAAUAAAAAUUGUUUAUUUACAGAAGAGCAGCAACAAAAACAAACUACAUAAUGUAUUUUCAAUGUAAGAAUCUUUGUAACAACAACCUAUAAAAAGUAUUUGCAUUUUAAAAAGCUAUAUAAUAAUGUAUGAAAUUUAUGUACAGAAGAGAAUAACAAACUCUAAAACAUAUUUAUAGAUGAAAACAACAUAAAACUCUAAAACAUA